UUCAGAAUACUCACAGGAGAGAAUCGAACCCAGACACAGGAGAGAAUCGAACCCAGACCUUGAGGAGUACUGUACUCCUCAAGCUGGACAUUCGCCCGAACUACGGGGCAACCCGUGUGUCCCUAAUCUUUGAAACAACGUUCAGUGUAAAGGCAAAAUGGAAUCGGGUCCAAGCGGCGAAGAGGGGGACGAACCUUACAACAUCAAUUUGAUGCCGUCAGAGUUGUUUCUCAAGCUCCGGAGAGAGAUUCAAGGGUUUCGUGUUGGUCUCAAUUUAGAGUUCUAUAAUGCUCCAAGUAAUGAGUACCAGGCAAAGCUGGUAUUGAAGCCUCUAUCCUGUGAUCGUAAUUGGAAGUUCAUGUAUGAGCCUUUUCACGAGGUGCGAGUUCUUUCCAAGAAAAUCCCAGUCACAAAGUUUCUAAAUCUGCAGGUUGGGGUGGGCCAUAAUUAUCAGUUGCACGCAAUUGGAUGGAAGUGGAAGCUUACUACUUGUUUCGGGGGAGACGGUGUAUCUAGAAUCCGGAAUAAAACAUCUCUUGGCUUAUGUCCUGGUGUGGAUUUCAGGUUUUGUUGGAGAGCAGAUUAUGUUCUUCCUGAAAUUACAGGGGCUGUGGGUACAGGGGAGCCGUUGUUCAAUAUGAACUCAGGGCGCUUGCAAGCAUCACUUGACCGCAUUGAGACAAUUUUGACCCAAACAACACCAUGAGGACUUGUCAAAAAAAGAAAAAGAAGAAAACAGGAACCUUGCAGGAACUAAGGCAUUAUCCCGGAAGCUUAACAUGCACGCGAGUGGAAGAAGGAGAACGAUUGCACUUGGGUUUGUCAUUUCAUUCCUCUGCAGUCUUUAAGAUAUGACAUUACAACCAUUGAUGGAAUUCACAUGAACUAAAGAUCGUAAUUACGUCAAAACCGUUUCUACACCGAGCGCAGUUCAUGAAGUUUAAAGAAAGACACCCUUGUUUGAAAUGGGUAAAUUGCGAAACUUGCAAGCGUAGUUAUGUUAUUUUGGUUUAGGUUUUUCUGUCCUAUUUUUAACUGCACUUCUGUACUAUGGAGAAGUCUCUUGAUGAAAGAUGGGUUUUCUCCUCUUAAGCUAUGCCCAAUUGGAAGAAUUGUGAUACCUUUUGCGAUGGUUGAAUGUUGAUGAUGGCUUUGAGAUGGAUUGACACUGGAA